UCAGCGAAAACGGAGAAGUGGCGUGUUGUUUUUCAGAAAUCAAAAUCAAAGUAUUAGAUUAAAGGUCGUGCAUUAUUAGAAUUUUGUGCAAAGCAGAAACUUUAAAAAAAGUUUAAGUAUAAUUACAUAAGUCUAUUAGGUCAUGUAUUAUCAAUAUCUUUCCCCUGAAAGGAUUAAGGGCUUCGAAAAUUAUAAGUACAGUGCAAUCGAUACCAGUCCUUUGAGCAAUUAUGUUAUGCACCCUUUUUGGAAUCAAGUCGUUAAAUUGGUGCCAAAAUGGCUUGCUCCAAAUAUAUUAACAUUCACGGGAUUUCUUCUAACUUCAGUUAAUGCCAUUCUGCUUGCAAUAUAUGACUAUAAUUUCAGCGCCUCCAGUGAUUUAGAUCAGACGACACCCCCGGUCCCAAGAUGGGUUUGGUUAGUUUGUGCUAUAAACCACUUUCUUGCACAUACAUUAGAUGGCAUCGAUGGGAAGCAUGCACGUCGUACAAAAUCAUCUGGCCCAUUAGGAGAGUUAAUGGAUCAUGGACUUGAUAGUUGGGCAGCCUUAUUUAUGCCUACUUGUAUGUAUUCAGUAUUUGGAUGUGGCGAAUAUAGCUGUACUCAACUGCGUGUUUUUUUCAUCCUGUGGAGUGUUCAUCUAUGUUUCAUAUUUUCACAUUGGGAGAAGUAUAAUACUGGUGUGCUCUAUCUUCCUUGGGGAUAUGAUAUUUCCCAAAUGGUAUUGUUGGCAGCUUUUUUAAUGACUUACUUCAAGUCCUACCAUUUUUGGAAAUUUACUAUCCCAAUUUUAAAUAUUGGAAGUGGAGAAGUUAUUGAAAUUUUGAUUUAUGCUGGAACAUUUGCGAUGUCACUACCUGUGAGUCUGUAUAAUAUUUAUUGUGCUUAUAAAAAAGGAGAAUUGAAGCAAACAUCAUUAUGGGAAGCUAUGCGUCCAUUGGUGCCUAUAUUAUUGUUAUUUUUAAGUACAACCAUUUGGGCUGUUUAUUCUCCUACAAACAUUUUGUUGAAUGAUGCCAGGGUAUUUUACUGGUUGGUUGGAACUGUAUUCUCAAACAUAGCUUGUCGCUUGAUUGUAAGUCAGAUGAGUUCUACCCGAUGUGAAGCUUUCAAUUGGCUGUUUUAUCCCAUUGGACUUGCUCUGCUUUACAUUUUUUCAUACCCUCAUCACAGUAGAACAGAGGUUCAGAUAGCUUGGUCCUUGCUGAUUUUGUCAGUUUUAGCUCAUAUUCACUAUGGUGUUUGUGUGGUGCAACAAAUGUGCAGGCAUUUUAAAAUACACUGCUUUUCUUUGAAAAAGGAUGAAAAAGAUUGAUUGUAGUUCAGCUUUCGUUUUGAUACUGAUUUGUAAAUGCAAAUUAGUAAGUGGAUGUUGCAUGUGAAUACUUUCUUGAAUGUAACAGAAAGUAAUGAUUGUUUUCGUCUGACUUUUGUGGAAUUUAUUAUCUGUGGAUAAUAUAUUCAAGCAUUAUAGAAGUGACUUCAAUAGAUAUUGAUAGUCAUAUACAUAUUUAUUUUCACUGGUUUAAAUUUUUUAUAAUGAUUAAAUGUUUCCAUCUCAUAAAAUUCCUGUACUUUAGCAUUUUUAGCGUUCUUAUACUUUUAUAUAUGUAUGUAUAAACUGAAGAAAGAUAAUUAGGUAUGCUGAUUACUGUUUCACAGAAGCUUUUUUGUUUAUUGUUGAGUUUCUGUGUCAUUGAAUCAUUCCUUCAAAUGUAAAUGUCAUUUUGUAUUCUUCUGGGAUUUUGCGCAUUUUGUGCUGAUGAAAUUCAGCAUAAUCUGUGAGGAAUCUAUGCAAAAUCCUGCCAUUCUGGUCCUCUAAAUAUAUAUUUAAAAAAUAGAUUGUUAUUGUACUUACAAAAAUAUUUAUGAUUUUUUUUAUUUAGUUAUUUUAUUUGUAUGAAGAGGAUUUAUGUUUAAUGAAUUUGAAAUAUAUUGGAAAGUUACUUUUUCUUGAGCCAGUAUAUAAUGGACCUUCAAUAUUACUUGUAAAUACCUAAUCCUAUGUUAAUAUUUUGAUUAACCAAUUUGAAUCAUCAUUGCAUUAUUUGAUUAUGAAAUUAUAUCUACUAAAUGAUUUAGUUUUAAAUCACGUUGUUUUAAUUUAUAAGAGAAAAAAAAACAUGAAUAAUAAUAAUUAGUUAUAUUUCUCUGUACCUGUUUUCAUUCAAGUGUUUUUAAAAACUAUUGUAUAUAUUUUUCAAU